ACCCGGCCCUUUUUCUCCCAUGGCCAUCGGCAUUGGCAUUGCAGGAUACUUCCGCCCAGCUUCCUCCCUCUCCUCUCCUCUCCCCCAUAUAUUUCCUCUUGCUAGCCACUGCUUGCUCCUCCUUGCUCCAUUGAACAUUAGUCCAGAGGCUGCGGCGUGCGCAUGGAACAGGCGCUGACGGGCGAGCAGAUGGUGGCGUUCCAGGAGGCCUUCUCCCUCUUCGACAAGAACGGCGAUGGAUGCAUCAGCUUGGAAGAGCUGGCCGCGGUGACUCGCUCCCUCGGCCUCGACCCGACCAACCAGGAGCUCAAUGACAUGAUGCGUGAAGUCGACAUGGAUGGGAACGGCACCAUUGAUUUCCAGGAGUUCUUGAGCCUCAUUGCCAGGAAGAUGCAGGACGGAGACGCCGACGAAGAGCUCAAGGAAGCUUUCGAGGUCCUGGACAAGGAUCGAAAUGGUUUCAUCUCCCCUGUUGAGCUGAGGACGGUGAUGAUCAAUCUCGGGGAGAAGAUGACCGACGAGGAGGUCGAGCAGAUGAUCAGGGAGGCGGACACCGAUGGUGACGGGCAGGUGAACUACGAUGAAUUCGUGCUCAUGAUGAAGAAUGCUGAGCGCAAGAUAACUGGGUGAACAAAAGUAAUUAUGCUGGUGAUAGGUGUGAAACCACUGGUUCUCAGAUUGGAUUCACUGUCUCCGUUUUAAAUUCGCUGCUUGUAGUAGUUAUUUUCAGAAGCCACUGUAAGCUUGUGUAUUCAUCUUAGAAGCUGUUUGUGCACUAUAUAUGUAACGGCAAUUGCCACAUAUAUUUACACCACGUUCUUUGGUUCU